AAACAUUGCUUUUCGCCAGGCGGCGCAGAUUUGGUACAUUUUUUCACAAAACAAGAACAAACAGUUCACUUUAUCAAACUGUCCUGUUGCACACCCAAAACCUACUGAAGAACAGCAGCAAUCGAGCGCAAUCGUAGUAACCAUACACGGAUUAGCAACUUCUAGUUACCGAAGAAAUGGGUUUCAGUUUUCCUGCGUUCAGUUACAUCGUGGCAUUGAUUAUCGAUGCAUUCCUUAUAUUUUUCUCGAUAUUCCACAUCAUCGCAUUCGACGAGCUGAAAACGGACUACAAAAAUCCCAUUGACCAGUGUCAGUCCCUUAACCCGCUCGUUUUACCGGAAUACCUACUGCACAUUCUGUUCAAUUUGCUCUUCUUGUUCUCCGGCGAAUGGCUGUCCCUGGCGUUAAAUAUACCCCUUAUCGCAUACCACAUAUACAGGUACGCCAACCGACCGGUGAUGACGGGACCAGGAUUGUACGAUCCAACCAGCAUCAUGAACACCGACGUUCUAAGGAGUUGCCAACGCGAAGGAUGGAUUAAGCUGGCCGUUUAUCUUUUAUCGUUCUUCUACUAUCUCUACGGGAUGAUUAUGGCUCUCAUAGCCUCGUAGACGGUGCACCAAUUUCGUCCGAACCACGUGCUGCUAUACAUGUAAGGGAUCAACAAAUUCGGUAUUCUGUUGAGAAUGUAAAUUCGGACCUCUCUGAACCAAACAGCCCUUAGGGUGGAACAGCCCCUUUUUUUUGUUGUGGCGUUUGCUUUUCGCUACAUAAUUGUGAAUCAUACCAAGAUAACAGACUUGACCCAUCGUGUUGCCACGCGUCACUACGUCGGCCAAUACUUAUUUAUUCCCAUCGAAACAAUGUCCCUUAAAGCCAUGCAUCUGACUUUGCCCAACCGGCAGUUCUAAUUCGAUCACGGACGAUAACCAUCAAAAUAGAAUCAAACCAUAUAGCUAAUUGAUUAGAUUAUAAACAGGUUAUUAGGCUGAAUAAAUAUCUUUUCAAGAUUGCA